AUGGCUAACAUCACUAAAGCAGACCAAGGAGUCUACAUCUGUAUCACCCACAAUCCUCUACUGAACAUAAGCAAAGAAAGUAAAGCAGCAACUCUGACAGUGCAUGGUUCCAAUGUAGACGUAAAGAUUAUUGAAGGUCCCCAAAAUCAUACUGUACCUGUUGAAAUGGAAGCUGCACUGCACUGCUUUGUUGAAGGUUUCCCCAUUCCCACAGUGCGGUGGUUUAAGGAUGGACAUCCAUUACCCAACUCUUCUAGAUGGGAUCUGCAGAAGGACGGACAGCUGCUGAUUUUUCAGAGAGUAUUGUCAGGGGAUGAGGGCCUGUAUUUCUGUGAAGCUCACAAUGAGAGGCAGAAAGUGAUAUCCGAGCAAGCCUACCUCCUGCCUGCUGUUAUGGAUUGGAUCUUUGUUCUUGAACCUGCCAACCUAACAGUGAGGAAGGGUGAAUCUGCAACUCUUCCCUGUAGGCCUCCUCGCAGUAGACCCCAAGCACAAGUGUCCUGGUUUAAGAACAACAGACUACUCAAGACAGGACCAUAUUAUGUUUUUGAUCCUACUGGAGACCUGGUCUUCCACAGAACCUCCAUCCGUGACUAUCUGGCCGAUGAUGGUGACGUCUCCUGUUGGAGCUGA